UGGUCACCGAGGGAUGUGCGGUAUCAUCGUAACCGAGUGCGACUAAAGAAAAACCGAAUCCGAAGCGUUUAUAAUAUAGUUACUUCUUUUCCACGGCGUGUGUUUCUUCAUAUUAUCUUCGGCUAUAUUAUAGCUUUCUCGGAAUUAACCAAAAUCGUCGUCUAACACCGCCGAUCGUGAUAUUUAUUUAAGUAUUAUUGUACAAAGACUAUAAAAACUACAUAGCCGACACAAUGUCCGUAGACAAAGAGGAAUUGGUGCAGCGCGCGAAGCUCGCCGAACAGGCGGAGAGGUACGAUGACAUGGCAGCCGCGAUGAAAUCCGUCACCGAGACGGGAGUUGAGCUGUCGAAUGAGGAAAGGAACCUCCUCUCAGUGGCGUAUAAGAAUGUCGUUGGCGCGAGACGUAGCUCGUGGCGAGUAAUCUCAUCUAUUGAGCAAAAGACCGAAGGCUCCGAACGUAAACAACAGAUGGCGAAGGAGUAUCGGGAAAAGGUGGAAAAAGAACUACGUGAAAUUUGCUACGAUGUUCUGGGUCUUUUAGACAAGUACCUGAUCCCUAAAGCUAGCAACGCCGAAAGCAAAGUAUUCUACCUCAAGAUGAAGGGUGAUUAUUACAGGUAUCUCGCAGAAGUUGCCACUGGUGAAACCAGGAACGCUGUGGUAGAUGAUAGCCAGAAGGCGUACCAGGAAGCGUUCGAUAUCAGCAAGUCAAAGAUGCAACCCACCCAUCCGAUCAGGCUAGGUCUAGCUCUAAAUUUCUCGGUCUUCUAUUACGAGAUCCUCAACUCACCAGAUAAGGCCUGUCAGCUGGCCAAACAGGCAUUUGACGAUGCGAUCGCGGAACUGGACACAUUAAAUGAGGACAGCUACAAAGACUCCACGCUGAUUAUGCAGUUGCUGCGUGACAACCUUACUCUUUGGACCAGUGACACGCAGGGCGACGGGGACGAACCACAGGAGGGCGGCGACAACUAACCUUCCUAAGCUUAAGUCCUUUCUAAUCUAAUAAGAGCAUCCUAUUCUCUAUCGUCUCCCCCGUCCCUUGAAGUGCUCACCCAUCUCCAUCCACCCCGUAUCUCCAUCCAUCCAUUCAUUCACACCCGUUUUCUUUUCGUCCUCGCGUUUCCUUCUACCUUCCUUCCCUCUACCCUUGUUCCCUAUCCAUCACUCCUACCCUCCUCAUCCAACAUCCCUUAUACUGUCCGUAUAUCUCCUACGCCCUCUUCUAUCUUCCCUCCUUUUGCCACACUUUCGAAACAAUGCUCCAAAUCCUUUUUUUCUCUUCUCUACGAUAACUAAAAAAUCUCCUUGUCUAAUGUCCCGCCAACAACAACAACAGCAACAACAAUAUCAACAUCACAUCCGCACAUCAUAAUAAUGUUGCCGAUGCCGUCGCCACAGCUAUACUACAUUCGGCUCGAUAAUAGCUCCGAACGCAAUGCCUCUCUUCUAUAUCAUCGAUUUAAAAAAAAAGGGGGGGAAACAAAAAAGAAAAGAAAGAAAGAAAUGAUUCUCGACCAUGUCCUUUCGUCUAAGUGAAAUACAACACAUCGCAUACUUCCUCCUCCUCUCAAUAUGUUGCUCUCUCUUUUUCUCUUUAUCACUCUCUCUCUCUCUCUCUCUCUCUCUCUCUCUCUCUCUCUUUCUCUCUUUCUCAUAUACACACAAUGCUACAUCUCUCUAUUAUCACUAUAUCCAUAUGCGGAACAAUGAAACAUUGUUGUCAUAUAUAAUAGGGAAAGAAGAGCAAUAUGAGAGAGAGAGAGAGAGAGAGAAAGAGAGAGGGAGAGAGAGAGAGAGAGAGAGAGAGAGAGAGAGCAGAUUGUCGAAAGAUAUAAAAGUGGACAAAUGUGUUGAACGAGCAAUGAACGAACGAACGAACGAACGAGAGAAAGAAAGAAAGAAAGAAAGAAAAAGUGAGAAAGAAAGGAAAGCGAAUGAAUGAACGUAUGAGUGAAUGAAAGUAUGUAAUAAUGAAUGUAAUAAUGAAUGAGAGAGAAAGAGGAAGUAUAUAAUAGUAAGCCAGCUCCCCCUCUCUUACUCUCACGGUUGGGGGCUCACGGCGUUGUACGAGCAUAUAACGUUUGUUUGUUGGUAUCGUUGUGUUUCGCGACGAAAAGAAAUGGUACGAAAAGAAAUGGAACGUCAUUAAAAUGGAUCCUCUUGGGGGUUUUUGGCACGAAGUCUCUCAAAAGUGUUUAACCACACUAUAUCCCCGUAUAAUAUUUAUCUGAACGAAGGAAAACAGGAAGCGGUAAAAUUGUGAAUGAUGAAACACAAAAAGAAACGAGCUAAUAAUAACAAUGAUAAAUAAAAGAAAAAAACUUACACAGAAAGGGAAAAGGACAGGAAGAAAUAAAGAAAAAUAGAAAGAGAGAGAAACAGAGGGUAUUUUCGCAGAUCUUGUCUCGUCGUUCGUUGUAUGUCUCUUUGAUGAAACUUUGCGCCUGAGGAAGAGAGAGAUAGCGUAUAAGAAGCGAAAGAGUAAGAAAAUAAACGCAAUAUAUAUAUUAUAUAUACACACAUACACAUAUAUGUAUUAACGUCACUAUAUAUAUAAUGUGUGUUGGAGGAGCGUGAAAAGGGGGAGAAGAAUUUCUAAUUACGGAGAGAAACAUCGAGAGAGAGAGAGAGAGAGAGAGAGAGAGAGAGAGAGAGAGAGAGAGAAUCUUUGGUGAUGACGAAAAAUAAAAUUCAAGAUAUGUCAGUUUUAAAAUCGCUCUAAGAUACAAGAAAGAAAGCGUGUUUCUUCUGUGCGUCUUUUUUGUGUAUGUUGCCUAUAUGUGUCCACGCGUUGGAAUGAAAGAAUGAAUGAGUGAGAUAGGAUGAGAGAGGGAGAGAAUGAGUGAAUGUUAAGAAAAUGUUUGUAACUUUUCGCGCGUCGUGACGAGACACGAAAUGCGAAUAAUAUAAUAACAUGAGACGACACCACCACCACCACCACCACCACAACACAACCACUACCAACCAUAAAUGUCACUGUCACUACUCCCAGAUCUGUUUGCUACUUUUACCGACUCUCAAGAGUAUCGCUAGAUAAAAAACAAAGAAAAGGAGGAGCGCGAAAGUUCGAAGAAUACGAUAUGCGACGAAAGAAAAAAAAAUAAGAAAGAUAGAUAGAGAGGGAGAAAGAAAGAGAAAAAAAUAAGCACGCAUGAAUCUAAACUACAUUAUUAUCCAGUUGUCAUUAAAUUAAAUUUCACAUUGUCUAGGAAGUACGAUUAUUAUUAUUAUUAUUAUUAUUAUUAUUAUUAUUAUUAUUAUUAUUAUUAUUAUUAUUAUUAUUAUUAUUAUACGAAGGGAAGAACGCAGGAGGAGAAAGGAGAGUAAAAAAAAGAAAAAAAAAACAAAUACAGUAAGUUAUUAAGUUCCAAACGACAUCAGUGGUGACUUGAUUUAAAACACUUUUUAAUAUAUUUUAUACGUGUAUACACGUUACCGAUAUAUCUCUUAUCCCUCCUCCCAAACCUACCCCCAAAACUUCUAAAUCCUCCAACACCUUAAGCGCCUCAUUAAAAGACCAUCUUGCAUAUACGUCGGUAUAAUUAUUAUUCUUUUUGUUCGCAUCGUCCAUUCUUUUUUGUCCGUUCAAAAGGAAAAAAGAAAAAAAACUCGAUCAUCCUCGCGAUAUACUCGCAUUUUUUCUCUCCAAAUACUUAACGAACGGUCAUUGUUAGUAGUGUGCUCUAAUUGUGUCGUCGUUAAAAAAAAAUAAAAA